CAACUUCAGCUUCUGACUUUCUGGUGCAUCAUGGCAAGUUCAAUUCAUCUCAAGGCGCAUCAAAUCUCUCUUCUUCUUCUCUCGCUUUCAGUCCUUGCCGCCUCCGAUGAAUUGGAGGCGACCGCAAGCCCGGCCGGCCUGAGGCCGGAGGCAGCGGACGCCGCCGCCUUCUUCGUCUUCGGAGACUCCACCGUCGACCCCGGCAACAACAACUACAUCAAAACCAUCCCCGAGAACCGCGCCGACUACGAGCCCUACGGCCAGGACGGCUCCUCCGGCAGGCCGACCGGCCGGUUCUCCAAUGGCCGCGUGAUCGUGGACUUCAUAGCGGAGCACGCGAAUCUGCCGGCGAUCCCUCCGUUCAUGCAGCCUUCGGCGGAUUACAGCCGCGGCGUCAACUUCGCUUCCGGCGGAGGCGGAGUCCUUCAGGAGACCAACCAAGGACAGGCAAUUGAUCUUCCAACGCAACUGAAGAAUUUUGAUCAAGUGAGGGGGAAACUGAUUGAGACAUUAGGAGAGGCGAGAGCGCAAGCAGUCGUGUCGGAAGCGGUUUAUUUCAUAAGCAUCGGAAGCAACGACUACAUGGGUGGCUACUUGGGGAACCCUGCGAUGAGGCAGCUUCACCCGUCCGAUUUGUUCAUCGGCAUGGUCAUCGGCAACUUGACAAAUGUGAUCCAGGAGCUAUAUCAAAGGGGAGGGAGGAAGUUUGGGUUCCUGAGCUUGGGUCCACUGGGUUGCUUGCCGGCACUUCGAGCGGCGAACCCUAACAGUAACGCCGGCGACGGUGGCUGCUUCGAGGAUGCUUCGGCUCUUGCUCAAGGACACAACACUGCUGUAAACGGCAUCCUCCUGAGCCUCCAGCACAUUUUCAAAGGUUUCAAGUACGCCAACUCCAACUUCUACGAGUGGCUUGCCGAUCGGAUGAGCAACCCCUCGAAUUACGGAUUCAAGGAUGGUGUGAAUGCAUGCUGCGGUUCCGGACCAUACGGCGGCGUCUUCACGUGCGGGGGCAAACAGGAGGCCGAGUACAAGCUGUGCGAGAACCCAGAGGAUCACGUGUGGUGGGACUCGUUCCACCCGACCGAGAAGAUCCACAAGCAGUUCGCCAAGGCGCUGUGGGACGGACUGGUGUCGGUCGUGGGGCCUUACAACCUCCGGGACCUCUUCUUCGACAAGGACAAGGCCACCAUCGCCGACCUCGUCGACGGAACCGUAGAGCAAGACUUCAUGUACUGAAAAGUUUCAAAAUUUCAGAGUCCUUAAAUACACUUUCAUGGUUUGUCUUUCUUGAUAAAUUAUACAAGAGAAUUUGAAAG